UCUCUUUCCCUCUUCUUCUCUAACUCCCAUUUCUUCCUCUCUCUCUCUCUUCCUCUUUCUCUUUCUCUCUCUUCCCCAAAACACAACCAAAAACGAUGUGUCGUUCAGACCAAGCCUUGGAAUCCACUUCCAAUCGCCUCCUCCACCGCCGUAAUUCCCUUAACAAACACCCUUCCCCCACCCCCAACCUCACCUCCACCUCUGACAGCAUUCUCCUUCCGGUCGCCGCUAACGGCGGCUCUCUGUCUCGCCCCCGCCCUGCCUUGGAUACGAAGAAAUCCAAAAGCUUCAAGCUUGGGGGAAAUGGGAAUGUGGUUUCUGAUAAUGCUGCUGAAGUCGCGUCGCCGGGGAGCAUCGCCGCCGUGAGAAGAGAACAGGUGGCGCUGCAGCAGGCGCAGAGGAAGAUGAGAAUUGCCCAUUAUGGACGGUCUAAAUCCGCCCGGUUUGAGAAAAUUGUUCCCUUUGAUUCUAAAAUUAAAGGCGUUGUUGAAGAUAGAAGAUGCAGCUUCAUCACUCCCAACUCAGGUUUUUCCUUGUCAGAUCCCAUUUAUGUGGCCUAUCAUGACCAAGAAUGGGGCGUCCCUGUUCAUGAUGACCAAGCACUGUUUGAACUGCUGGUUCUGAGUGUGGCCCAAGUGGGUUCGGAUUGGACUUCAAUUUUGAAGAAACGACAAGAUUUCAGAAAUGCAUUUUCAGAUUUCGAUGCAGAAGUGGUGGCGAAUUUUUCCGACAGACAGAUGGUUUCAAUCAGCUCAGAGUAUGGAAUGGACAUAAACAGAGUCCGAGGAGUGGUCGACAACGCAAUCCGGAUCCUGGAGAUUAAGAAGGAAUUUGGGUCACUGGAGAAAUACAUUUGGGGGUUUAUGAACAACAACCCAUUCUCACCGCACUACAAAUCCGGCCACAAAAUCCCGGUCAAGACAUCAAAAUCAGACACCAUAAGCAAAGACAUGAUCCGGCGAGGAUUCCGGUCUGUCGGUCCGACCGUGGUCCAUUCCUUCAUGCAAGCCGCCGGUCUGACCAACGACCAUCUCACCACCUGCCACAGGCACCUGCACUGCACAUUAAUCGCCGCCGGCCGCCGCGCUCCACCGGCGGAAGUGGAGGAGACGGCGACAGGUGCGGCAGGCUCGGAAGCUGUGUAGAAUUGGGUGGUUGAUAAUUAACUAUAUAACUGUUUUUAUUUUAUGUUUUUUGUGUGAAAAUGUUUGUAUGAAUAGAAAAGAAAGAGAAAAAUGAUUUGAGGUUUCAAAGUGAAGUGAGAAUGUCGUGUGUUGUUGGUCACUUUGCUUUUGUAAAUUCCCAUCUCAUCCAUCCUAAUUUCAAAUUGU